UCAACGCCGUUCUCGUGUGUGAACAAGCAAAUGUAAGCAACUUGGCCAAACCCUUCAUGGAAGUAAACGCGUCCGUGUCGGCUUGAAAAUGAAAUGUAAGCCACAAGUUGUCCUGAAAUAUGGUGGUUAAUUAAAUAGGCUUUGACUUCCCCACCUCGCCCGUCUUGCGAGUAUGGACCCCAGCCUGUGGCAGUACCAGUUCCGCAUCAUCAUGUUGGGCGACUCGACGGUGGGCAAGUCGUCGCUGCUCAAACGCUUCACGGAGGACCAGUUUCUCGAGGCCAUCGAUGAGACGGUGGGGGUGGACUUCUACGUUCACUUUAUGGAGGUGGAACCCGGCGUUCGGAUCAAGUUGCAGUUCUGGGACACUGCCGGACAGGAGCGCUUCAGGUCGGUGACGCGCUCCUACUACCGCAACUCGGUGGGAGGCCUUCUGGUCUUUGACCUGACCAACCGCGCGUCCUUCGAGCACAUCCGGGACUGGCACGCCGAGGUGUGCGAGCAUGUGCUGCCCCACCGGGUCCUGUUUGUCCUGGCGGGCCACAAGAGCGAUUGUGACGGCCAAGCCAAGCGGGCGGUGAGCCGCGACGAGGCAGAGAAGAUGGCCGCCGUCAUGGGCAUACCCUACGUGGAGGCCUCGGCCAAGACGGGCCACAACGUCAAGGAGACCUUCGAGCUGCUGGCCCGCCGGAUUUACAAGGGACUGGCGAGCGGGGAGGUGGAUCUGCACGAGGGCUGGGAUGGAGUCAAGUGCGCUGCGCCGCUCGCUCUGCAGGGACGCAGGAGCAGCCUGGCCCGAAAGAACAAAAAGAAAUGCUGUGACUAGAGUGGUUCAAGCCAAGGUCCCGCAAACUUUGUUUACACCAUCGACCGCUUACACUUCAAACAAUUUUUUUGAUGGACUGACGCAGAAACAUAUUAAAAUAAACAUGAAAGGUGCAACUCAGCGUUUCUCUGGACGAACUUGUUGUAAUUGGCGGGCAACAUGAACGUGAUUGCGGCCCGCAGAUCGGGAUUGGCCUCAAUGUGGUUAGAAGUUAGUAGUAGUUGAAACAGCCAUUUUCGUAUUUAGGUUUAUGGCAGGGGUGUCCAAACUUUUUGCCAAGGGGGCCAGAUUUUAUGUGGUAAAAUGUCGGGGGGCCGACCUUGGCUGACAUUCUUUACAUUGAACAACAAUAUUGUUCAACAAAUUUUAGUAAGCCAGUCUGUUUCACGUUUCCAUUUUUAUUUUAAGUUCAACAAUCUUAAGAAUUUCUUUUGGUUCAUUUGAAACAGGAAUUUGAAAUAUGACAUAUCAGUCAAUAUAAACACGGAGUGAUGUCUUGUUAACUCGUGAGUGAUG